AUGUCGUGGAAGUGGGCGUCCCACCGGUCAACGGCGUUAUCUGAAGAAGACCGCAGGGAAUAUAAGCAGGUCCUGUCUCAGGUCAACUUUAACAUGAAGCAGCAUAACGCGCGUGUCGGCCUCGUCUUGACUGACACUGAGUUAGUAACAAUUAAAAAACUAGACGGGAAUGGCAACCUUUUGGUGGCACAGUAUAUAUCGUGGGAAGACAGGUACGCUUAA